GAGGAAUGCGUAAUUAGUGAGUUGUGGGAACAAUAUUGGGGUGAGAAAUUCAAGAAUGACGUACGUAAACAUUUGGCUCAAGUGAUAAGUAUGCAAACAGUCUUAACAUGUAUAAAUCAGCUGAUAGAUGUAGGAAAAAUGAUAGUCAAGC